GGGUACUUAAAGCCCCACCAUGUUGUGUGAGUGAGUAUUAAGGUGUGCAAAGUGAAAGGUGAACCACGGGUGGACUAUCAAGUCUCUCCAGAGGAGACCAACACACCCCUGAAAAGAAUUAGUUUAGAAGGAUAGUUCGAAUGUUCCAGAGGAAGACCGUUUCCAUGAGAGAUUUGUGCCCAGUGUUCCGGAAAUAGUGAUUGAUAGCGGAAGUUUUGGAAGAUUUCCUGUGGAACUUCCUAGUCACACAGGCUUUGUGGGGGCUCAGAGGCUGAGAGUAUCAGCAUUGCAGCGGAAAGUGAAUUGGAGACUUGUUGGAAGUGAGAGUGAAAACGCUUCAAGAAAAAUACCUGGAAAGUCUCGUUGGAAGUGGGAAGUGAGCCUCUUAAGUAAUAGUGGAAGUGAUUAAACUCAAGAGUUACAAAAAAAAUAUACCUAAUAUAAAAGAACUUUUGAGACUCCAUAAAUAGAAAGGCAAGUGAGAAUAUAUCCCGCCAAAAAAAGAAGAAAAGAAAAGAAUCUCCAAACCUCUCUGGAAGUCCAAGAAGCAAGUUGCGGAACCCAAAGCAAAGAAAAAAAGAGAAAAAGAAGGAAAAAAAAGUAAAAACGUGAUUUGAAUUGGCGAGACGGAAAGAAAGUGUGAGGAGGAAUUGAAUAGUAUAGUCGACAGGAGGGGGGAAAGCAAAAUGGUGGACAGUGAGAGUGAUUUUCUGGCUCAAAAUUUUAAAGGUCACUUGGACAUAAGUUUCAACUAUUUUGGUUGAAAUUCAAUAAUUAAAAGUGGUUGAAGAAACAAAAAAAAAAGAAGUGGAAGAGAAAAAAAGAAGAAGGAAAAAAAAGUGAAAGUGACAAAAAUACUGGUUAACGCAUCACCAAGGAAGAUGACAGUGAUCUUGAGCAUCUGUCUGGCGACUCUAGUAGCUUCAGUGGUCUGCGAGACCCCAUCUCUAGGUUCCCAGACUUUAAGUUUAUCCGGGCGAGAAAAGCCCGAACUGUCUGAACAUCUGAGUGCUGUUAUUGGUGAAGAUGUGGCCAAGAGUAUCGAAUACAAGCGUCAAGUUGAAGAAACUGAGCUUGGAUCAACUGCAAGAUCAACACCACUCACAACACCAUCUACUGGAUCAACUCCAAAGUCACGCAUUCAGAUCAAAACUGCCCCAAAUGGCGUAGAUUACGAAUAUGAGUAUGUUUAUUACUACUACGAUGAGGACGAGGAUACUAAUAAGACUACAACACCGCCGUCUGAACGUGGACGGAGUCGCUAUCAAACCAUAGAGCGUACCUCCAAACAACCCCUGGAGGAUGAUAGUGCAACUGAGGUGAGCGAAGAAGAGAGAUUGCCGCAGAAUACGCGAUUCCCACCAAGAAGUUCACCAGACCAGGUUACCGAAGCUCCAGUAAAAGUCAGCGUUAAGCAUCCUAGCCUGGAACUUGUAGAUAGUGACACCUUCAAUACAGCAGACAAUCGCAAUCUCUACGGAAGCCAGACUGAAGGGCCCAUGGAAAAGGCUGCCUUUGAUCUCUACGUGAUCCUCCAGAAUGAAAAGAUGGCGGUAGAUGCAACAGAAAUUGCUACAACAGAAGAACCAACAACGCCUGAAAUCACGACGGAAUUUAUUGAGGAGACUACAGUAAGUCAGGAAGUGACAACUACAACUACGACAACAACAACGACAACAACUCAAAGGCCAACAGAAGCACCAACGGAAGCUAAGAAAGCCGCAUCACAGACAAGGAAUCGCUUCAAGUUACGUCCAACGCCAUCUACAACAACAGAAGCAACCGAGAGGGUGCCAUUUGUGGCAAAGAGUCGAUAUGGAAACGGAAAACCUGCUGGAGGAAAUCGUGCAAAUUCCUUUGGACGUACUCUCAGUACCUCAGUGCCAUCUACAACGGCUCCAGCUGAGCCAGAAAGCAAAUCAUCAUUUUCAUCACGUGCCACUAGAACUCGAAAUCGUUUUAAUUUGCGCUCAACUACGGAAGCGUCUGCUGUUUCGGAGGAGACAUCCACGGUAAGUCGUCUGACACGUCCUAGGCCAACAUUCAGUGGUCGUACGCGUACCAAAGCAACAACGGCAUCUGUGGAGGAAGUAACAAAUCGGACGACAGAAACUACUACAGCAAGACCUAGAGUUGCUCUUCCCAGUCGUUCCGCAAAUAGGCUACUGGCACCUAGAAAGAACCUCCUGCGCUCAUCUACAGCCCCACCUAGUACUGAACCACCUAGUGAGGAUCUCGAUGAGUCUGAUGUAGCAGCCCCGACGCCUCGAAGUCGCCCCGAGGAGGUAGAAAAGGGUCGCUUCUUUACACAGACACAGAGUGAAAGUACAACUAGUCAAAGUGGAAUAGAUCGACUGAGAAAUCGUCCACGUAUCAACAUUCAGCCAGCCGGACGUCCAAAGGCACCAGUACAGAAUGUCUUUGCAGCUAGAAAAGCUAAUCCGCUGAUCAGGAGACCUUUUGGUAUCACAUCCAGUACAUCUGAGUCUCCAGUUGAAACUGAGGAAGCUGAUGCUGAUCCGGCUGAAGAAGAACCGGAAACUGAUGCUGAGGAACCGGCUGUUGAAGUCACAGAAGCCCCCUCAUCGGAGGCUCCACGUGGCCUUGGACUUCUAGGGGCAAGACGUCGGCUGCCAUUGAGACGUCCAGGGACUCUCUACACUGCCUAAAACAAGCCCAAAUAGGUUUAUAAUAGCUGAGAUACUUUACAGGCAACCCCGGAGUGUUUGCAAUUCGAGAUCCGUCCUAUUUUGACUGUGAGUUGAAUUUUAAUAACAGAGAAUUCACCUCACAAUCGAAUUUGCAGACAUUCCGAGUUGCAAACAAUCCGAGGGGCCUAUUUUAAACAGUUGGAGUAUAGAAGAAUAGUUUGACCAAGGGACGAAAAAAUGGAAAUCGGUAAAUAAACUCCGAAAAUAUAGUCCAAUAAAGUUAUUUUCAGUAGCUCAGAAAGAACUAGAGUUAGAAGGAAUAGUUAUCUAUUGUUGGAAAGGUCUCGACCUCAGCUACAACACACUAAAAUUUAAUCAAAAUUUAAGAUGGGGGCUUCGAUAUAAUUUGACAUAGACUUUUUUCGAUAAUCGAUUUUUGGACUAUAGCGCCCCUAGCGGGAGACUUUCAUUUAUGAAAGCCAUGAUGCUAUGAUCAUAUUUUGAUAAUAAAAAAUAUUGAAAUAAAAAGAAGUUAAUAUUGUGACGAAGUCCGGAAGAACUGAAGAUUGCACCUAAUUACGUGAGAUACGAUAUUCGUAAAUAAGGAAAAAGUUAUGAGCUUUUAAAUAUUCGCUAAGUAUUCGGUCAAUAAUUCAAAUUUAGUCAAUGAGAACAUGGAUUUUGCCCUGGUCUUCUUCCUUAUUACACAGAGAUCUUGAAUAUUAGGGUAAUAGUUGUCAAACACACGGGAAAGUAUACAGUAGCCUCUCGCUUAAUCGGCUCUUUUUAAAUCGAGCGCAAAAUUUUUUUUAACGAUUUUCGCGUUUUAUUUUAAAGCAAAUUUGUUUAAAUUUGCUGUAUUUCCCCCUGGUUUAUCGUGAUUCUUUAACUUUGAGCGCUUUUUGUGGAAUUUAUAAUGAUUUUGAUGCCCAAAUCUCUAGAUAAUUUGGAUGACAUUUUGCCCCAUAUGCCCGAUUGAGAGAAAGACCACUGUAAAAAAAUCUUCCUUCUCGCGAGUUUUCAUUUGUCAUUUUUAGCCCCAAUCACCCGAAUAUUGGAGAGCUCAGUGUAUUGGGGUGCCCUGCAAUCCCAGCCUCUCGGAGUAGACCCCCCAUUAUCCAUUCCCGGAGAGUUACGAGUCGAGCUUUCUCAGUAAGGAAUCCUCUCAGCUUCACGGUAGCGAUAUGGUAUCCUCUGAAGUCGUUAUAGCACCCCUCAGAGUCACCACUCCAACUGAACAGUGAUUGGAACCGUUAGCUUAGAAGAGGCUUCGUCAGGACAGGCUUUCUCCCUCCAACUCCUAGGCUCAACAGUCCUAUUGCAAUAGUGGUUUUUGUUUGGACGAAAUUCAGAUCACAAUAGUCAGACAUCUAACAAGUUUAUAACGUUUAUUUUGUGCUAUGAAGCUUCGAAACGUUGUGCUAAGGUAAUAAAGGAGGAGAAGAUUAAGUCAAAGUCCCUGUGUUCAAGAUGAACAUGCACGUUCAUACAAAUUAUUUUCAAAUUAGGAUUUUUUAAUCUUUGAGGGAUAAUAAUGGGUUUUAAUUCAUAUCGAACUACUUUUGAAUACUUAAAUCGCCAGGAUAUUCAUCAUAAGUCCUCACAUCCUAAAAAGGAUACGAAUAAUUCAACAAAAAAGUCGGAUAGUUUUGGCUUCACCAAGACUUUACAAAGGUUUUCGUUAUCCCUACUUUUCAAGUCAAUGACUUAUCCUUAAAGGAUUUAAGGACUAUUACACUAUUUUUAGAUACUUUUACUACUAGGAAUGUCCUGUCAUUUCAAUUAGAGACGAAUAGUUUAACUAAUAUACGGUUUUUAGUUUUGGUUAAAUCGAGUCAUUUCAUGAAGUAUACAAAACAAGCCUCACUUUAACGGCAAAUAUUGAAGAAACUAGAAUGCUAAACGAUCCUAAACUUUUACCAUCCUAUUUUCUAUAUCCUUAACUCUAUCUGGUAUCAAUUUGCUACCAUUCUAACAAGUAGUUUCUAUGAUAUUAGAGAUUGAAAAUUGUCAAAUUCUUAUUGAAAGUAGGUCAUUAUGCUUAGUGCUAAUGACACCCGUUCAUUCACUUCUUAAUCAGCAUUUUUUCGGCAGCAAAAUAAAAAAUGUGCAAUUUUGCAAUGACGCAUUAUGGGUUCACGGAGUUCACCUUAGUAAUUAAGUGGGGUAAAAAUGAUUUUGUAUAAAUAGGGUUAAUUUUUGUUAAAUAAAUCAGAUUGCGAUAGAGA